AACAUUUUAUUUGACACUGCAGCUUUGCUAAAACUGUGUAUGAGAGUCUCUGCUACUCCUCUACUGCCCUCUAGUGAUAAAGUCUCGAAUAAUACCGUCAAAUAUACCCAUGGAAAAAAAGUAGUUUAGCCGUCUAUGAAUACUCAAGAAGACACAGUGAAACAAAAUAAGUUGUGUAUCAUUUCCUUUGAGGGUUGCAGGAAUGUGCCAAGUGUCUGAGGGGAAGAAACCACUGGCAGCAUGUGGUUGAAUUCCUGCCUGUCUCUGUAACCAGACUCGGCCUCUGCAGGUUUAAUGUUUAAUCCCUGCCCUGGCUUCCUGCAGCGCCUCUGACUCACUUUUAUUAGCCUUGUUUUUAAUUUUCUGAAGCCAUUUUAACACAGCCGGACAGCCAAACUCACUGACAGCAAACGAUCCUGCUCUGAAAACAAGAAACAUUUACAAAGGCCAUCAGCAAAAUUUUGCUUCCAAAACACAAGACCAGUGUGCAGUUUGAUAUAGACAACUACAAGAGCUUUCUCAGAAGCUAAAACAAAAUGGAUCUUAGCAGAUCAUAUUUGGCUGACGGCUCAUCCUCACAAAAUGAAGAUUUCAACAGAGAACAUGUGGAGGAGGAUGAUCAUUCUGAGGACUCAAGUUUCUCAUCUCAUGGUCAGAACCGUUCAGCCAAACAGACAGACAACGAGGAAGCUGAGAAGACAAAAACAAGUACAUUUCAGAAGCCGUGGACUGGUCUGUUAAAUAAAGGGAGGAAGACUGAUUCUGAAUCACAAUCAGGAUCUUCAGGAGGAAUUAAAAUACUGCCUAAUGGCACAAGAUGUAGUCCGCCAGAGUCUCCAUCACUGGACAGAAAAAAAUUCAAUAUCUUUUCUGGUGAUUUCAAGUCAGACGUCCCUCCAGGUUCAGCAGGAUACACAUAUGACACCCUUGAAUCAGAACUAACCAGUAUCCAUCCGGCAGAGUACUAUGCUGAGAAGUUGGAGGUGUACAAGUUAAAAUACUCCUACAUGAAGUCCUGGCCCGGUCUGUUAAGACUCCUUGCUGGUCUUCAACUUUUAUUUGGCGGGAUGGUUUUCGCCUGUGUGUGUGCUUAUAUUCAGAGAGACAGCGAGUGGUCCAAUUAUUACAGGCCAACCAAUACGCAAGGAUACCGCUACAAUGGGCCCAUGACGGCUUUUGUGUUGGUCAUCGUGGGACUCUCGUGGAUACUCACUGUUAUUCUGAUGGUUUUGGGAUUGACAAUGUACUACCGAACGAUUCUGCUGGAUUCCAAAUGGUGGCCUCUCACUGAGGCCUUUAUGAACCUAGUAAUUUCGCUGUUGUACAUGGCAGCGGGUAUCGUCUAUGUGAAUGACCUGAAUCGGGGUGGGCUUUGCUUUAUGACGGUUGGCAACAACCCAGUCCUGUCCAGUCUGUGUCGUGUCGAGGGGGGUCAGAUGGCUGGGACUGCUUUCAUAUUUUUUAACAUGCUCAUGUACUUGAUAAGCUUCCUGGUGUGCCUUAAAAUGUGGAGGCAUGAAGCGGCCCGCCGUCAGAGGGAGGCCAUGACAUGUCAGCUGAGCAGCCCGCAGCAGACUCUGGAAUCCACAUCCAAAAUGGGCAGCUCCUCGACUAGAUCCAAGAAAAUUUCAUUCAAAGAUGAAAUGGAUGAAGGCUCUGUGAAUGAGAGCAGGCCGCUGUAUUUCUCAGAGAGAGCUGGAGAACGACAGAUUUUAACUGGAGCCAUUCCAACAGGACACAUUCCUAAACCCAGGGUCAUCGCUGAUUACAUUAUAAAAUAUCCUGAAAUUCAUUCUUUAGAGGACAGAGAGCAAUACAAAGCCGUCUUUAAUGAUCAAUACCAGGAGUACAAGGAACUGCACAGGGAGAUCACCGCCACUUUAAUGAAGUUUCAGGAGUUAGACACUAUGAUGAGCCAGCUCAUCAAUAACAAGAGGAGCGCAGAGGACAGUAAAAGAAUCAACGACUUAUUAAUAACAUAUGAGCAAAAAAGGAACGAUCCUUACUUUCUGGAGAAGAAGGAAAGAUGUGAAUAUCUGAAAGCCAAACUAAGCCACAUCAAGAUGAAAAUUCGUGAUUUUGAGCAAAAAUUCAAUGCAAAGGACAGCAAUUACUGAAACAUUUUCAUCCAUCCAUUCAUUUUCCUUUAGAUAAGUCCCUUAUUUAUCAGAGGUCACCACAAAGAAAUGAACCGCCAACUA